CUCUUCUUUCCCCUUUUCUCUCAUUUCUCUCUUGCUUCGGCCUCCCUUCUUGGGCGCUGCGUUUGUUUUGAUUGGAAGCCUUUGAGCUUCCAAGGUUUUGAUGCUUGAGCCGCUGGGCUCCCGGGCCGCUCAAACAUGCUGGAGCCGACCUGUGCUCUCUCCUCCGAUGACCCUUCGGGAUCCGGUGAACCUUGGCUCUUUCCUGUUGAUCUUGGUAGGGGCUCGUUGGUUUUUUCUGUUUUUUUGUUCUGUUAGGUGCAAAUCCGGAGGCCUUCUUUCUCCUCCUGCGGAUUUGAGGCGGCGCGCGCGAGGGCUACCAGAUCUGACGCCCACCGUGGCUCUCCUGCUAGUUCUGAGGGACUUCUGCCACCUGUUCGGGUUACCGCCCCUGCAUCCUGGAGCCUUGCGCUAUUUCUUCAAGGGUAGAUAGAAGGGUGUCCCAUAUGGAUCGGUCGACCGAAGGCCGUGGUAUUUCCGAAGUCGUUCGUGGUUGUUCGAGUGUUGAGUGCACCUCCCUUCAGCCUCUGGAUAUGAGUCUACUCUGAUCUUUUGUUCCAGUUGUUUUACUAUUUGUUAUCUUUGUAGAUGCUGUAUGGCGAUCUUUGUAAUGAAACCAUUCCUUUAUG